GAAGGGCACGCCGUGGCGGUGCUGGAGUGUGUGUUCGGGUGGGACUGACUGGGCCGAACCGGACCCGACGUGAAGUAGACAGCGCCGGAGCAUCACCCUGUCCUGGCGCGCUCUUCCUGCGCGUACCGAGAGUCUCCCCUCCCCCUGUCUUGAGCCGAGUCUAGGGCCUACUGGUGCAAGGGUCGCUGACGGCGAGCGGCUUGGACAUCUCUGCGCACCGGUUCUGCCCCGGCCUCAGGGGAACUUUGUCGCGUCCUCUGUCCGCUGGACUAGACGGGUGGGAUGCUCGACACCGUCGGGGCUUUGGCUAUGGGGUUCUUGCAGGGCCGGUUGCAGUGGGUUCUGGGGGAGGCUGUCCUGCCCCUGCUAUGUGGGCCGGUUUGGCCCCUGGCACUUCGUGAGCUGGCAGCGUCACCGGACAAAGAGCCCCGAGCCUUGGGGUGUCCCAGAAGUGGACGCGUGGGUUUACUUCCUCUCGGGUCCCACGGGAUCGCUUCCCUCUUGGCAGAUUCCGAAGCCCGCCCGUCACCGUGCCAGUGGCUCCUGCUGCUUGGGGCUCGCAGGGCUAAUCCUGCCCUUCUGAUCUAAUCCGGAUCGGGACCUGGUCCCGGGGGAAGCCCCCACCUUCUCCUAUUGUUCUGGGGCCCAGGUGCACCCUCAGGCUGAUGGUGGCCGGCAGACACGACGAAAAGAGCUCAGGCUGAUGGCCCUCUCUGGAAUCCCCGGAGAACACUGACGAGGGAGGUCCUGGGUCCUCUCUGUAGGGCCGCAAUGGCGGUGCCAGAAUGUGUGUUCAGUGCGGUCACCUGCCUGCAGGGUCCGGGGGUGGCCCCUGUACUGCGCUGCGCGCCAACCCCCGCGGGUUUAUCGCUCCAACUCCAGCGCCCCGCUGUCUUCGAACGUGUACUCGGUGCCCUGGCCUCCUAUGCUACUCCCGCCAAGCCUGCCUCGCCAGGCCCGCGAGUUGUUCUGCAUUGCCCCGCACUGCGCUGCAACCCGAGCACACUCCGCCUGAGCCAGCUGCGUGCUGUGCUCGUGGCCGAUCACCUAACGCGGACGCUACGAGCUCAUGGGGUAUGUGUGUGCUCAGUGCCCUCGGUGCGGGACCCGCACAUGGCAACUUUCCUUCAGAAACUUCGGGUGGACUGGCCCACUACCUCGAAGAGCACCUCGGCUGAAACCCUGAGGACCUGUGUGCUUGCAGAACUUAAUUCUGCUUCCAAGGAGGAGACACUGCCCCCUGGCGUCCUAGGCCGACUGUGUCUGAAGGAACUGGUAGAACAGAGACAUGCAGCUGGCUAUGACCCCAGCAUAGACAACUGUUUGGUGACUGAGGAUCUGCUCUCUGUGCUGUCUGAGCUGCAGGAGGCUGUGCGCCAUUGGCCAGAGGGCGGCUCCCCAGGCCUGGAUGGGGAUCCAGACUCUGGUGUAGAUGGCUGCGUAGUUGUACACGUGGUGAGCUGUGAGGAGGCAUUCCAGCAACAAAAAUUGGAUCUGCUUUGGCAAAAGCUGGAUGACCAGGCUCCUCCCAAGCAGAAGCACCUGGUCUGCGGCCCAGUGAAAGUAGCUGGCGUACCUGGCACCCUGUUGACUGCCCCGGAAUACUACGAGCUCAGAUACACUCAGGUGUGUAAGGCCUCAGCACUGAAACAUGGAGGGGACCUGGCACAAGACCCAGCGUGGACCGAGAACUUUGAUGUCCUCUCUGUGGCCACCAUCAAAUUUGAGAUGCUGAGCACAGCUCCGCAGAGCCGGCUCCUCCUGGCGGACAGCGCCAUCUCCACAAAGGGUACAAAGAGUGGCACUUUUGUCAUGUAUAACUGUGCCCGCCUUGCCACACUCUUCGAGGGUUACAAACAUGGGAUGCAACAAGGCCUGUACCCUGCUUUUCCACUUGUGAGCAGCCUGGACUUCUCACUGCUCCACGAUGAGGGAGAGUGGCUGCUGCUUUUCAACAGUGUCCUUCCCUUCCCGGACCUGCUGAGCCAGACUGUGAGCCUGGCCAGCACCCCAGGGCUCCACAUCACUGUCCGCACGGAAAUGGUGUGCAAGUUCCUGGUGCAGCUCAGCAUGGAUUUCAGCUCAUACUAUAACCGAGUACACAUUCUAGGGGUGAGCACACAGCAAAAGGGUGUCUGGGGGACUUGGGGACACAGGAUAAAGACAGGGAAACAAGAGGAUGAGCCUGGUUCCUUUUCUUUCAGGAACCUCGGCCACACCUCUUUGGUCAGAUGUUUGCCCGCCUACAGCUUCUGAGGGCGGUACGUGAGGUGUUCCACACAGGCUUGGCUAUGCUGGGCCUCCCUCCACUGAGCCACAUCUAAGGGCUCAAUAGCUGGGAAUGGUUACAAAAUCAACUGGAAAAAAAACACCUCACAGAUGUUGGCCACUUAAAGCCAAAAUAAAUAGUUGUAUCCCA